AUGAAGAUCAUGCUGCAGCUGUUUGAGUGUGAGAGUUACUCAGAGAAAAUUUUUGGAUGUAACAUCUGCAGAAAAUUUUUUUGUAAUAAAUCUAACCUCACUGAAUAUCAGCAAAAACACACAGAGGAGAACCGCAAGUUUAGUGUAUGUGGAAAAACUUUCUACCAGAAAUCAGCCCUCAUUGAACAUCAGAGAACUCACAGUGAGGCAAAACCUCAUGGAUGCAGUGAGCGUGGCAAAACCUUCUAUAAGAAGUCAGUCCUCAUUGCACAUCAGAGGACACACACAGGAGAGAAGCCCUAUGAAUGUGAGGAAUGUGGGAAAUCCUUCAGCCACUGGCCUGCCCUAGCUGUACAUCAGAGAACACACACAAGAGACAAACCUUAUAAAUGAGAGUGUGGGAAAUCCUUCUGUGUGAAACCAAAACUCACUGUUCAGUUGAGAACUCAUACUGGAGAGAAACCAUAUGAGUGUAAUAAUGAAUGUGAGAAAAUUUUCUACCAGAAGUCAAAACUCACUGUACAUCAGAGAACUCACACAGGGGAGAAGCCCUAUGAGUGUAUAGAGUGUGGAAAAAUAUUGUGCGAGAAGUCAGUCCUCAGUAAACAUCAGAGAACUCACACAGGGGAGAAGCCCUAUGAAUGUGAGGAAUGCAGGAAAAUAUUCUACCAGAAGUCAGCCCUCACUGUGCAUAAGAGAACUCACACAGGGGAGAAGCCCUGUGAAUAUAAGGAAUCUGAGAAAACCUUUUGCCAGAAGUCACACCUCAACAAACAUCAGAGAACUCACACAGAGGGGAAACCUUGUAGAACUCACACAGGAGAGAAGCCCUAUGAAUGUAAGGAAUGUGGGAAAACCUUUUGCCAGAAGUCACCCCUCAACAAACAUCAGAGAACUCCCACAGAAGGAAACCUUUCCUCCCUGACUUCUUAUCCUCUGUGGAAUGAUGUGGAGACUGUCCCCAGGGUGAACGUAGGAGCCAUAGCUUGA